CUGAGCUUGGGCUGGAGCAGGAGCCUGGGCUGCUUUAUUAUCAGCUGGAGGAAGGAGACGGUGCGUAAAGGGCAGAGCCAGGAGCCGUGAGCCCCCCGGCAGCAGCAGCGCGCCGAUUCCUCUCCCCCAGGUAGCAGCGGCCGGAGCAGGCAGCGCCCCCGCAGCUCCGCCGCCUCCCGCGCUCGCCCCGAGCGGCUCCGGGGAGCCCGGGCAGGCAGCGGGGAGCGGAGGCGUCGCUCCUGCCCGGCCCAGCGCGCCCAUGUGAGCCCAGCCGGGGCCGGCACCGAGCCCUCCCGCAGCAAGAUGCCCGAGUCCCAGCCGCUCUGAAGCGCCCAGGAGGCUCCGCACACGCCGGGACGGUCGCUGGAGGAGGCCGUCGGGGCAGCGGGCAGCGCUGGAUUGAUCGGGGCAGCAUGGUGUCCUGGCGGAGGAGGUGGCAGGGGCCCGGCCUGGCCCGGCUCUGGGGCUUCUGCUGCCUGGUGCUGGGCUCCUGGAGGGCUUUGCUCGCCUGCCCGGCGCCUUGCACAUGCAGCGCCUCGCGGAUCUGGUGCAGCGAGCCCGCGCCGGGCAUCGUGUCCUUCCCGGUCCUGGAGGGGAGCGCCGAGCGGGAGAACAUCGCCGACAUUUACAUUGCAAACCAGCGGAAAUUAGAAAGCAUCAAUAACAAUGAAGUUGGACUUUAUGUUGGACUGAAAAAUCUAACCGUGGUGGAUUCAGGCUUAAAGUUUGUGUCCCGUCAGGCAUUUCUGAAAAACACCAACCUGCAGUACAUUAAUUUCUCCAGAAACAAGCUCUCAAGUUUGUAUAAGAAGACUUUCCGCCAUCUGAAUUUAUCUGAUCUGAUUCUAGUGGACAAUCCGUUCAAGUGUUCCUGUGAUGUUAUGUGGAUCAAGAUAUUUCAGGAGACCAAGUUUUCUAACACAGAAACUCAGGAUUUUUACUGCAUAAAUGACAACAACAAGAGGAUACCCCUUUCGGACAUGCAGAUCCCCAACUGCGAGAGAGAGCAGAAUGAAGCAAGCAUGGAGGAAAAGAAAGAAGGAGGGCAGGGCAACACACAGUGGAUAGAUUUGGAUGGGGAAAGAGGCAAAGAAGAGUGA